UGGGCGCUCUCGGCAGGUUGCGUGGCCAUGGAGAUAGGCGCCGACGAGUUCGAGCAGAACCUUCCUCUGCUGCAGGAGCUUGUCCUGGGUGCGGACUUCGUGGGUCUGGACAUAGAGUUCACCGGCCUUCGUUCCAAACUGUCCCGGUCCCAGCAGAUCAGUCUUUUUGACUUGCCGUCUGACUGGUAUCUAAAGACCCGCCAGAAUGUUCAGAAGUUCACAAUAUGUCAGAUUGGAUUGUCUAUGUUCUCCAGUAUUGAAGGCGAGUCAAACAAGUAUGUAGCCCAUUCGUGUAACUUCUUUCUUUUCCCUACAACGUUUGGGACUUUGGAUUCAGAAUUUUCUUUCCAGGCUUCUAGUGUUCAGUUUUUGAAUCAGUAUGGCUUCGACUAUAAUAAGUUUCUCAAAAAAGGAAUCCCAUAUAUGAAUGAAGAACAGGAGAAGAAAAUCACACACAACAUCCUGACCAGGAAGUGGAGGACCCACAGUUCUCUGGAUAAGGACCAAAUCAAGGUAGUGAUCGAUGAGGUGACGCGAUGGCUGGACCUGGCAGAGGAAGGCGACUGGAUGACCCUCCCUGGUAUCACUGGCUUCCAGGCCUUUGAGGUCCAGCUGGUGCUGAGGCAGGCCCUCCCCAAUGUGUGGACGGUGCUGACAGACCAAGGGGUGGUCGUGAAGAGAGUGAGCAAGCAACACCGCUGGUGUCUUGAGAACACCUCUUGUGGUGAAGAGGCCUCUUGGAAAGAGAAGAUUCUUCUCUCUGCGAGGGGCUUCUCUGUGUUUUUCCAGAUGCUGGUGAAAGCCCAGAAGCCCCUGGUGGGCCACAACAUGAUGAUGGACUUGCUAUACCUCCAUGAGAAGUUGUUCCGGCCACUCCCAGUUGAGACAAAGUACCCACACGAAGCAGCCUACGAUGCCUUCCUCUGCGGAUCAGUUCUUUUGAAGGUAGCACACCUGCUGCUGUGGAGAGUGCACGGCACUGGGGCCACACCUGAGCUCUCCUUCCCUCUGUACUUCGACAUGCUGGCUCCCUAUGUGAACCAGGUCAACCUUAUCCGAGCCAGGGUCCCUAAGAUUAAUUUUUCUGGCCCAGAUUAUCCCAGUACCAGACCCCCUAUCCUCAUCCUCAGUGCCAGGAAGUGGCCUGGGGUCAGCGAGGAGCAAGUCUACCGUGAGUUUCAGAAUCUCUGUAAGUUCGACGUCCAGCGGCUCACGCAGAGCCAGUUCCUGCUCUUGACCAAUAAGUUUAAAGAUGCUCGGAGCAUCCUGAAGGAGUACAGGGGCCACCCCACCCUGCAGGUGUCCCUGUAUCGGUACUGGCGGCACUCCCCGAACAUCAACUGCCUGUUGCAGGUGUGUGGCGUCAUUGCCGCCUGGGCCCUUGUUGCGCUUCUGCUCGGAAGACCUGGGUCCUGAGCACAGCCGCCUGGAGCCUCCGGCCUCCCUGCACCUCUCUGGCACAACUCUGUUUUUUUGUGGGGUUUUGUUUGUGUAAAUCAUAUUCUACUUGGAGAUGGAUCUGUACAGUCCUGAGGAGGAAAUUUACAUUUUGAGUGUGAAAUUCUGUAAACAUUGUCAAUGAUAAAGAAAUCCUUGG